AUGGCUCGCUCGCCGUCGCCUGCCAUCUCUUUGGACGAUCGCACUUCUAAUAAUUAUAAUUUUUCUACGGAUUCCCCGGUUUCUGCUGAUUCAAGGCCUUCCACCCUGCGCAGCCAAAGCAGUGAAUCUUUGAGACAAGGGACCAAUGGUUCCACAGCAGAUUUCUCUGAUGGGCCCCAAAGGCGUGAUUCCCAUAGUAGGUUUCGUGAGGAGGAAGAUGACAGUAGCGAAGGUGUUCGCGUCAAGAAUGGCGUCCAUGAGAUCAACAUAGUUCCAGCCCGUGAUCAGCCAGCCUCCGAGUCGCAAUUACGUCCUGACCAACGAAAACAGUCGCUGGGCUGGCUACCGUUUACACUCCAGAAUAACUUCCUUGGCCUGCUCAGCCUGCUAGCCUUGCUGCUGUGUGCCGUGACGAUUGCAUUGCUUGUGACGUCCCAGAAAAAUUAUGGUUUAGGGUCGGACAAUGGAUCCUCGAAGAUCUUGUUCGGUUGGCGAUUCAGCCCAACUUUGGUAGCAGUCAUCUACAUCCAACUGACAGCUAUGCUGGUGGACGACGUCAAGCGAUUGGAGCCAUUUGCUCGGCUAGCAGGUCCCGAAGGGUCUGAGGCGUCUUCAAGUAUUCUUCAAAAGCCCGGAGCCUGGUGGAAUGCGCUCCACGAUGGUUUCACCAGGAGGAAAAAUGGGGGCUCCUCAAGAGGCUGGGUGUUGAUUUGCGCAACCUUGGUCAAUGUCCUCGGAUUUCUUUUGAUCUCACCGCUGUCAUCGGCUUUUGAGCCAAAGAUCUCCUUUAAUGAGAGUGAAUACAUUCAGAACCGACAGAAGGUUCCGGAUACUCUGAUGAGCACCAAGAUGAUGCGAGAUGAGGCAGUGGACCCCAAUUGGACGAGCUCCAUGCUCACCCUAGAUUUCGACCAUACUCCGUAUCUUUACGGACCAGCUCGUCUGUUAUGGGUAAUAUAUAAGAAUAAUUUCACUUCAAUGAUUGAAGACAGAGAUAGGACUUCCCGUGCGGCGGAGAUUCAGCAACGAUUCUUUGGAGAAAUGAUCCAGUCAAGCUUGACCGAGCGAGGUGCCUCUCAGUACCUUCCCACCCAAGGUCAUGUCAGCACUGUUGAAAGAAGAGUGACCACUACUGCCGGGCCUGCAAUAACGCUCAUAGUUUUGUUCUUUCUAUCCUUCUGUCUCCUUUUAAUCACAUGGAGAUGCUCACGACUCCAGCACAGACCGUUGAAUCUGAAAACUGAUCCUGCAUCACUUGCCGGUGCGACUUUUCUUCUGGUGGAGAGUCCUCGGACCAGGCUUUGUUUCAAAGACUUCAAUCAGGCAUCCGAUAAGGAGCUGCAGACACUUUUGGAAGGUAAGCGUUAUUACACAGACUCAGGAGCACUACAUGAGACGAUUCCUGAUCAGUGCGAAACCGUCAAUCAAACAAUGAGGGAUUCGCUCCCGGAAUCAUCCUCGAGAACCAACUGGAUUCCAGGAGUGCUCCGUCUUCCAACCCUACUGGUACUACUUGCAUGUCUUGUAGCUGUACUCACCGGGGUUGUUGUAUUGUACCAUUUCGCUCAGUUGUCCCAGCUGUAUGGGAAAGCUUUCGUCUAUCAAGCAAACAUUUCCAUUUUUGAUAAACAGCUGUCCACUGUUGGGCCGUUCUCCAUGAUCCCAACCAUCAUAGCCGUGUGUAUCGGCUUAUGGUGGAGUGUUAUUGACAGUACUUUUUGCCGCCUACAGCCAUAUCUGGCCAUGGCUAAACGCUACCGGCCGUUGUCGGAGAGCGUGCAUCUAUCAUAUCAAUCAUCUUACUGGAUGUGGGCCACUAUUAAGGCUCUAAAGAAUAGACACUGGAUGUUGGUAUGGGUUACGCUGGGCACAGCUAUUUCACCGAUAUUCACUACGACCAUGUCAGCGCUCUUCCAGCGCGACACUGGAGUGGUAAUAGAGACACAUACGCUGGAGCGUUCGCUGGAGAUUCGUCAAAUCCCUCAUGUCUUCAAAACGCAAGAGUUUACUAUACGAUACGCCACUAAUUUCUUGGGUACCAUCCUUGCUGAACUCCAUGGGAAUUUGUCCUCGCACUGGAUGUAUACAGCUGCAAACCAACUGACCUUGAAUGGAUCUGAGCCAGCCUGGAGUAAGGGAGGCUGGAGCUUUGUUCCCAUCGAUCUAAGUAGCGUCAGCCUUUCAACCCGGGGUAAGAUUGACCUCAAUGAUCAGGGAGGUAUUGACAAGAAUUCUCAAAUCAAUGUCUCGCUUGCCACACCAGCUAUCCGCGGUAGAAUUGAAUGCAGUCCCUAUGAAGGCUUGCUAAAUCUUUCAGCAUGGAUAACACCGACUGAUGUGAGCAAUUCGUCCAGUUGGAUGUUGAGCCCGAGCGCUGGGGACCUCAAGAUGGCGUAUCAGUUAGGAGUGGGCUUCAAACUAAACGAAUACCGACCAAGCAUGAUAUUCCCUGAACCGUCACGUAACUACACAACUUGUGAUAAAUGCACUCCGAUCUUUGCCAACCCAUCCUCGAUCGAGUGCUGUGGCAACGGGACCGACGCUGGGACAGAUCCGAUGGCUGCUGUUGGUUAUUGGUCACCGAAUGGCAAUCCGGCAGAAUGGAACCCAAGGACCUGGUCCCGUAACUUCACAACCAAAUGGAUACAUGGCCACGCGCAAUCAGCAACCGAAUUGCUCGGACCCCAUGGCUAUAAGCAACCACAUCUGCUAUUCACGAAUAUACCCUCGAUAACGGCCAUGAACUGUAUACCGCUAGUGGAAACAGCCAAUGCAGAGGUGACCGUGGAUCCUGCCACUGGUGAAGUUCGAGCGUUCAACAUCACAGAUGAACCACAAGUUGCGGAUAAUGCGUUUUCGGACGUCUUUCUGCCUCAUAGAACGUCUGACCAGGAACUAUCGCAGAUUAACUAUAAUGCAACCAUCAGUUACGGAGUGCUUUUCAUGACGCAGAUGCUUACCGCAGCGAACGUUCAGAACAUCAUCGGACCAAGUCGCAUGUUAGGCUUUAUCACGGAAGAUACAACUGACAAUACCUUCAACAUUCGUGACGAAGCGCACGGGUUAAAUCUGGACUUCAUGUCCUAUUCCAUGUACUCCCUAGCGGGCGAGGACCCGGCGGUACUUCUCGAUCCUACGGUCUUCUCAUCUCUUUCUUCGAAAACAUUUUCCACCUUCUUCCAGCACUUCGCAAACAGCAACCUCACCAUGGCAAGAGGUAGCUGGGUCUAUCAGCCCAUUAACGCAAGCUUACCGUCGGACCUUACCCCGGCCGUAACUGAUGCUACGCUUCUGGAAGAUGCACCGCUUACAGACUAUCAGGAUGAGAUACAUCCAAUCUCCCAUACAGAUCGGACGGUCGUGGUGAGGGUUUCUAAAAACGUCGAGAUGCUACAGAUGAACGCUGUCGCUGUGUGGCUCAGUGUGAGCAUAGUAGCGUGGCUUAUUAUUGCCACAGUUAUCGUGACGGUCUUUCAUCGGCAGUACCUGAGGCGGUUGAUUCGGAACGUAGAAUGUCUUGGAGACAUGUUGGUUUUGACUGCAGGAAGUGAGAACCUCGUGCACAUGAUCCGGGAGAUGCAAGCCGGAAGGCUUACUGAGAGUGAGAAGAGUUGUCUUCGCGCGCGGUUAGGAUGGUUUCAGGAUGAUGAUGGCAAUGUCAGAUGGGGAGUGGAAAUGGCAGAGGGUUAUAUGGGCCGGCCACCAGUACAGUGGUUAAAUCAUGAUGAUAGAGAAAAGAAUAGAGGAGAGCAUGCAGCCGAUACUAGUUCGGUGUAG